AUGAAAAGCAAGGAGAAAGGUGAUGAGGUACAAAAGAAGGAGGAAAAGAAAAAACAGGCCAAAAGUGUAGACACAGUUAAUAAGGAAGCACAUCAAAAGGAUGACAAAGGGGCUUGGAAUCCAGUUGGCAAAAGGGCUGGCAGCAAGAAGAUCUUUGAGUCAGAUAAGAAUGAAGUAAAGAGUAGCAACAAAUUUGUUGUUCUUGAAAAAGAAGAGGAAGUGCAGAAAGUGAUUGCUGAAAAUAUGGAGCAUAAGAAAGGAAAGUCUAGCAACACAAUUGUGGAGAAUGCAAAGCAUAAGAUAAUGGAACAGCAGCCACAUAAGACAUCAGAAAAGACAGCAAAUAAUGAUAAGCAGAAGAUAAGUGAGCAAGCUGAGCAGCCUGAUGAAACAGUAGAGAAGGGUGCACAACAGGAAGAGCCUUCAUAA